AUGGGGAGCAACGCUGAUGGGGAGGCGGAGGACGCCACGCAGUUGACGGCGGAGCUGGGCAGAACCCUAAAAGAUGGGGAGAGGAUCCUCGGCCCGACCCGCCGGCCCGACGGGUCCCUACGCAAGCCUAUUCGGAUUCGUGCCGGCUACACUCCCCAGGACGAGGUCGCCAUUUACCAAUCGAGAGGCGCAAUCUGGAAGAAGGAGAUGGCGGCUAUUCAGGAGGUGCCGCCGGGAUAUGAACCGGUAGAGGAGACUAAACCGAAGUCCAAAGCAGCUAAGAGGAAUGAGAGGAAAAAAGGGAAGCGCCAGCAGGCUGCUCUAGACAUGGGUAAAAGUUCGGAACAAAAUGAUACAUCUCCUGCUGACUCUUCGGCUGACUUGCCAGAAAAUGUUGAUUCCGUUGCAUCAAAGAUGAAUGGCCUUUCUCUUUCCGGUAGUGCCUCAGUGGUUGCACCUUCGGAUACAGUAAAUGAGUGUGCAACUCCCUCGGAGAAAGUUCAAGAUAUUGAUAAAAAGAUUCGAGCACUAAAAAAGAAGAUUCGGCUGACUGAAGCACAACAGCAUAAAGCUUCUGAAAAGGACCUGAAGCCGGAACAAUUGGAGAAGGUGGCAAAAUUAGAUGGGUGGCGCAAUGAGUUGAAGCUUUUAGAAGACAAGAAAGCCGAAUUAACGACAUCCUUUUCUUGA